CUCGCCAUCCACCGACAUCUGUGUGGCACAGAAUGCACAACCUGCACUCGCGCUGCUCCACUGCCCCAUCUAGGCCAAAAAAUGCAUCUGGAUGGGGUACGUACGCUGGUAGCGCACGACAGCGUCUCCAGCGCUCUCGCGUCCAUGUGCCAUCCUGGGUUUGGCUUGGUCAAGGACAGUCAACUGCCAACCAAAGCAGCGGCGCUGCAGCUUCGUGCGAUGAGGUCGUAACGACCGUUUCAGCGGCCGCGCCGAUGACGAACGGCGACCAAGGUUGCUCUCGGACCUUCCGCCACGUACCGGUGACACCAGGGCGCAACCCGGUGAUGGAGCCAGAGGCUUCGCAGUCCCCCCGCGAGCGCUUUCUCAGCGGCGCAGUCGCGCUGCUCGGCACAGCGUCUCUGCUAGUGGGUGCCGUGACUGUGGGCCCUAGCCCCGUCAUGGCCAAGCCGCGGAUGACGCCGGAGGAGCAGCUUACCAUUGAAAUCUUCCGGAAGAAUACCCCCAGCGUGGUCAACGUUACGAACCUGGCGGUCAAACGUGAUGCCUUCACCAUGAACAUGCUGGAGCUGCCGCAGGGGCAGGGCAGCGGCUUUAUCUGGGACGCCACCGGACACGUGGUCACCAACUAUCAUGUGAUCCAGGAUGCCUCAGACAUCAAGGUCACGCUGUCGGGUGGCGAGGAGUUCUCGGCCAAGGUGGUCGGCGUGGACCAGGACAAGGACAUUGCGGUGCUCCAGAUCGGACCCAUUGGGCCACCUGCCAGCGAGGCCCAGGGUGACGGCUCCUCUAAGCCGCCGCAGCAGCUCCUGGCGGCGGCGCCGGGGGCGGCGGCGCCGCCGUCGGCCGCGGUGCCGCCACCGAGCGCGUCGUCGCUGCCUCCGGGCGCGGUACCGGUGGCGCCGCCGCCGCCGGAGCCGGUGCGUGUGACCCCGCUCAGCCUGUGCAGCAGCUCGGCAGACAUCGUGGUCGGGCAGAAGGUGUUCGCGAUCGGAAACCCAUUUGGGUUGGACCACACGCUCACGACGGGUGUGGUGAGCGGCACGGGCCGCGAGAUUCAAUCCAUUAGCGGCCGACCCAUCCAGGACGUCAUCCAAACAGAUGCGGCCAUCAACCCAGGCAACAGCGGUGGUCCCCUGUUGGACAGCGGUGGCUGCCUGAUCGGCAUCAACACAGCCAUCUACUCGCCCACCGGCGCCAACAACGGCGUGGGGUUCGCCAUUCCCGUGGACAUCGUCAAGAGCAGUGUGGGCCAGAUCAUCCAGUACGGCAAGGUGACUCGCCCCAUCCUGGGCAUUUCCUUCGCGCCGGACCAGUCGUCCGAGGCCCUGGGCAUCAAGGCAGGCAUCCUGGUUCUGUCGGCGCGCGAGGGCGGCCCCGCCUGGCGCGCGGGGCUCAAGGGCUCCAGCCGUGACGAGUACGGCCGCCUGGUGCUUGGCGACAUCAUCACGGCCGUCAACGGCGUCAAGAUAAAGACGUCGUCGGACCUGUACCGCGUGCUGGACAAGAGCGCGGUGGGCGACACCCUGCGGAUCCAGGUGCUGCGCGAGAACACCACCUUUGAGGUGAACGUGGUGUUGGACUCAAACAACCCCCCGCCGCAGCCAGAGCAGCCCAAGGCGUGAGGGCGGGAGCCCCAGCGUGUGGGAGAGAGUGUUUGCAAGCGCCUUUUGAGGACAUGGGGUGUAGGAGCAGCGGGUGGGGUGACAGGCAACUGCAUUGCUGCGGUUUGGCAAAACAGCCAUGCUGGUGUAGUGGAGAUGAUUUGGGCGGUGUAACGCUUGCGGUCAGUCAGGCCCACCUUGUACGCAGUAUGGACCGAGGGCGACGUGAUGGUGUUGGUCGUGUUGUGGGUGAACAGGUGUAUCCGUGCACGGAGAUGGCAACAGGCACGAGGCACACGCGUAUGAUGGCUGCUCUUUGUGUGAUAUGUUAAUGUUAUGUCGUUCUGUUUGCGUGUCGCUGUACAAGUAUAUGAUUGUGGGCAGCUAUGGCUGCUGUGCUUUCUGCGCACGUUUGCACACGGCCAUCCACCAUGAGCGAGACCCAGCGAUGCCCGAUGGGCCAUCAUUCGGAUAUUGGAUUAAUGGAUAUGGGCGUUCCUUAUACGGCUAUACAAGGUGGUUGCAAAUUUUGAAUCAGGCAGCUGGUGGAGUGCGCAGGCGAUUCCGCUGGAGCGAAGUGUACAAGUUAGGAGACGACCUAGCUGCCUGUGAGAGAGCCAACUGAGAGGCUGUGUGACAGCGUGAGAGGAGGACUGAAAGAGGGAGAGAGUGAUUCUUACGAACCCUUUCCAAGUUUCAACGGUGUUUGAUACCGCAGUCACGAAGGGAUUGCGCUGACCCCGCCAUGUACCGGUCUGCACCCAUCUGAACGUGUACUCGUGCACGCUCCAACCCGUACGUCCCGUAACCAGGCCGCCAGUGCCACGCCACCA